AUGGAGUUUUUUAAGGAUAUUAUUACGCUUAGUUUAAUGGUAGAAGUGGUCUCGAGUGAUGGAACUUCGACAUCAUUUAGUUUAGAAGAGCCAAAUUAUAAUGAUUUUCCUUCAAUGUCAUUGGACCAAAUGCGUGAAUACCUAUACAAAAAAGGCUUGAUAAUUGGUCGACAAAACACAAAUUUUCGAAAUGUAUCCGGAAGCAAAUUAUCACUCGCUCGAGAACCUGAAUGUAAACUCAAAGAUAUUUUGACUCCGACAAAUGAACAAGUGCAGGAUGGCUUUUUUACUUUUUACCUAGAUAAAGACUUAGAAAUGCCCAGUUUUCCCGAAAUUGUUCAAAACCUUAAUUUAGAUAAAGGAUGUAAAAAGUUGAACGAUGGUACUAUCAUAGCAACGAAGAAAAAAGCUUAUUCCAUAAAAAAUCAGCACAUGAUGGAGGUUGUCAUUGAAAAUAAGCUUGAACAGCACAGUAUAGAACAUACCAGAAGAAAGAUACUUGUCUGUAAAAAGGGCUUUAUUCGGUUGUUGCAGGAAGAUUUGGAACCCACUGAAGAAUAUAUUACUGCGGUCAAAAAUGCAUUAAAGUGCAACGAUAAUCCAAGUCGAAGAGAUGCCCUAAAUAGGGUAGGAGAAGAAUACGGAUAUUUCUGGCCAAAAGAAACUAGACUCGGUGGUAAAUUUUUCCUGGAUGAUGAUCAAGAAAAUAAUCUUGACGAAUUGAGAAAUUUAAAGAACUUUCAAAAUUGGCAAAUUAUUGAGCAACCUGAAUCUGAAUUACUACCAUUAUUCAAUUUAUUGCCGCAGGAUCUCAUUUUAAAGAUAAAAGAAGUCAUCGGAAUGACAUUACUGUAUUCUUCACAUUUAACCAUUCAUAUUUCAACAAAAUGUGGUAGUAAAACCAUGAAUAUACCGAAGCCAAACGAAAUUUCAACAUUUAAAAAUGUAAAGAUUUUUACUUCUGUGAUUAUAAUGAAUAAUCAAAGGCCAUACCGUAAUGUGUUCGGAAUUAGGGUUGAAUAUAUGGAUGAUGAACAUCCAUAUGUAGUAGUACAUAGAAUUGGUCCAGCAAGAAAAUUCUUUAACCUCUCAAUUCCUUACAUGUUAAUUGGCUAUCCAGAAGAUCUACCAAUAGGACCACUUUCAGAAUUUCCUAUUGAUUAUAUUUGGACUAAAGAAUGUCAAUUCAAUAGAAGUGAUAGUAACAUCCAUAUAACUGAACAUCCAUCUUUAGAUUUUUACGAUUAUUGCUGGAUCGGAACGUGUACUUUACGAUGCAAUAAUAAUCAAUCAUAUAAUUUUGGAAGAUCUAAAGAUGUUAUUAGUUAUCAUUUCCGCAGAAAUCAACCAGAUAAUGCUACAAAUAUAUGUUGUUAUCAGUAUGAUCUCUUGAAUGAACAAAUUAAACAUACAUUGAAUUUCGAAAUUAAUUAUGUUAUUAUUGUAAACACACCUGGUUUAUUCAGAGUUUUUAACCCAGUCAAUCAUAAUUUGAAAUAUAGAUCUUGCAGACCUGAAUUUCUAUUAAGAAAUAGCCGUACUUUUACUGGAGAACGAUGGCAAUUGGAUCCAUUUCCAACAUGUAUAUUUGCAAGUAUUCAUUGUUCGGAUGAUGAUAAUCCUUUUCUUUUAAACAUUCAUAAGAAGUAUCCAAUCGUCAGAUCACUAGGAAAUGUGUCUCAAAAUUUAAAUACCUCUAUUGGUUAUGUUAUAACGAUGCAUAAUUCAACUAAUUACAGAAUUUCACAGCCUGAAAACACCAAUCAAAAAACGAAUAUGAAAAAUAAAAUUUCACAGCCUGAAAACACAAAUCAAGAAACGAAUAUAAAAAAUAUAAUUUCACAACCUGAAAACACCAAUCAAGGAACGAAUAUAAGAAAUAAAAUUUCAAAGUCUGAAAACAAAAAUCAAGAAACAAAUAUAAAAAAUAAAAUUCCACAGUCUGAAAAGUCUGAAAACAUAAAUCAAGAAACGAAUAUUAAAAAUCAAAUUUCACAUUUAAUUAAUCAAAUCAAAAACGAGGCACUCUCAUUUAAAAUAAAUCAUGGCUUUAUUAUCAAUUCACAAACUAUGCAUGCUGCUGCAAAUCCGGCAUUUGAUAUUAAACUAAAUCCAAAUAUCAAUUUCAUUAACAAUUAUGAAGUAAAAAUAACAUCAACUAAAAACAGAAAAGAAACUUUUCUAUUAGAAAAUAAUAUAGAUUCUAGUUCCUUCCUGUCAUUGCCACCUAAAUUAAUUAAUAUCAUGAAACGAUCAACGUCAACAGAUUGGCUAAAUAAUAAUUCUCCUGUCAAUGAUACUUGUAUAGAAAUUAAAUGUCAAAAGGUUGUAUUGGAUUUUGAAAGAGAAACUAUGCGACCAACUGAAGAAUUAACGACAGCAAUAAAUAAAGCGUUAAAUAACCAGAGGCCAUAUCAAGAAUUAAUUAAAGUAUUCAUUCAAUAUGGAUAUAUUUUAUCUCAAAAGAUUAUUCUCGGAGAAAAAUUGUAUGAAACAUUGCAUCUCUCAUUACAAGAACAAAAUUUUAAUGGACAAAAAUUAGAAAUUAAAGAAUUAUUUUUAGUAAAAUUAUCAAAAUUAUCAAAAUUAGAUGAACUUUUUACUUUAUUGAAAAGCAACUAUGGAUUUGAUAUAAAAUAUUUAAUGUCAACAUAUGGAGAAGCUAUUAAAAAAGAAGAUAUUAAAAAAUGGAUAGAAGUGUAUUUUGAACAGGAUUUUAAAACAUUACAAAUUAUUAAUCAAGAUAAAUUAUUUCCUUUAUAUAAAAUCUUUAAAGAACCGAUUUGCUCUGAAAUCGAAUCGAUUUUAGGAAUAAAUAAUGAGAACAAAAUACUUAUGACAGGAAUUGAGCAAAUUAUUGAGGAUACGAAAUAUUAUCAUAUUAGCUUUUCCGAUCAUUUAAAUAGCAGUAAUUAUCAAAUUUUUGCAAAGAUUGUUAGAAUCAAUGAAAAUUCAAAUGAAGCUAUAUCUAUAGAUAUAGCUUUUGUAAAAAUCCAAUCUGAAACUAGGACUGGCUUUUUAGCAAUAAUCGAAAAUUUUGACCGAAUCAAAAAUAUUGACCUGUCUGAAUUGCAUAUUAUGUGGAUGUUGGUUGGAUUGCCAGAUGAAAUUAACUUUUUUAGUAUUCAUACACGAAAGUUAUCUAUAUUAAGCAUGGAAAAUAGACAAAUUGAAUCAAAAGAAGCAAGCAUAUUGCUAAAAAUUCCAGAAAAUUUUUCACAAACUUCAAUAAUAUCUUUAUCUUUUGAAUAUCUUUUAACUUUCGAUAAAAUACUGAGCCAGAAACAUGAAAUCAAAUUAGAUAUUGAUUAUGGUCCAUCCAAUUCUAAUAUUUAUUCAAACGAAAGUAGCGGAUCUGAAAGUGAUGAUGCAAGUAAUAAUUCCGAAGAAAGUCAGGAAUCUAUUAUUAAAUAUUCAUUAAAUUCAUGCAUUUUUAUUUCCGAAGAAGUAUUUAUAGAAGCUGAUAUACCGAGAAGCAAAAACAAAUUAAUUUAUGUGAAGGCAAUGGGUUUGCCAAUCAAUUAA